AGGGCCGGGCAGGCGGGCCUUCCCCGGGUCAGCCUGGGUCCGGCUUGGGUCUGGAAAUGAGCAGGCCGGCCUUGUGGGGCAGGGUGGCGGCGUUGGGGGAGGCUGGCCUAGCCCCUGGCGGGUGAGUGUCAGGCCUCCUUCACCUGCCCCGGAGGAUGAUGGUGCGUGCGGAGGCCUUAAGGUCAUGGAGCACCCCCUCGUCAGAUCUACUCACCUCACCCCCAGCCCUCCCUAGCCAGACCGGAACCAGGACCCGUCCCUGCUCCUCACCAUCAGUGUCAUUGGUGUCACACUGCUCCUGUUGGCCCUGAAGAGCAUGAACUCCAGAAGGAGACGCCUUAUCACCUUACAGGACCCUGAAGCCACGUACCCACUGCCCUUGAUUGAGAAAGAGCACAUCACCCACAACACCCGGAGGUUCCGCUUUGGACUGCCCUCGCCGGAUCACGUCUUAGGGCUUCCUGUAGGUAACUAUGUCCAACUCCUGGCCAGAAUUGGUGAUGAGAUGGUGGUCAGGGCUUACACGCCCGUCUCCAGUGAUGAUGACCAAGGCUUUGUGGACUUAAUUAUAAAGAUCUACUUCAAAAAUGUAAACCCCCAUUAUCCACAAGGGGGGAAGAUGACUCAGUACUUGGAGAACAUGAAAAUUGGGGACACCAUUCUUUUUCGAGGGCCAAUUGGGCGCCUGUUCUACCAUGGGCCAGGGAAUCUUGGAGUCAGACCAGACAAAACGAGCGAGCCUGAAAAAAAGCUGGUCGAUCACCUGGGAAUGAUUGCUGGGGGCACAGGCAUUACGCCCAUGCUGCAGCUCAUUCGCCACAUCACCAAGGACCCCAGUGACAGGACCAGGAUGUCCCUCAUCUUUGCCAACCAGACAGAGGAGGAUAUCUUGUUGAGAAAGGAGCUUGAAGAGACUGCUAGGACUCACCCAGACCAGUUCAUCCUGUGGUACACCCUGGACAGACCUCCUGUUGGCUGGAAAUACAGCUCAGGCUAUGUUACUGCUGACAUGAUCAAGGAGCAUCUCCCUCCUCCUGGGAAGUCCACGCUCAUCCUGGUGUGUGGCCCCCCACCCCUGAUCCAGUCAGCUGCUUGCCCGAAUCUGGAGAAGCUGGGUUAUACCAACGACAUGAUUUUCAUCUACUAACACCUCCCAUGUUCUUAGCAAAUUCGCCUGGCCACUUUCAUCUGAGUUUGGCUUCACCAUGUUAAACUGUUUUCAGAAGUGCCUUGUCCCACACCCCUGGGGAACAUACACUGGUGUUCCCCUCCUUUGGGUGUGAGCCUAAGAAGGGUUCAAAGGGCUGGAGGCAAAGUGGCUUCUGAGGCCUCCUUGCUUGGAGGCUGGAAGGAGCUCCAUUUCAGUCUCUUUCUCCUUGGUUUGGUGAAAUAAACUUAAGUACAAAGCAGGGAGCCCAUGAAGUAUGGCUCUGUGGGGACCCGCUGGGCAGUCAGGAGGCCUGCACUGGACCUGGCUCCUGUGUGCCCAUGGUGGGUAAGAACUGAUAAAAGUGCAAGAGCAGAAUUUCAGAAAGAUCCAAAUGGGGUCACAUCAA